AUUAUUCUCUUUCGACUGUUAUGAAUACGGUCUUAUGUGAGUUCCAAUUCCGUAACCUCUAUCGAAGUUCCAGUGCAACAAUAAGAAACAAAUCUAAACAAGCAAAUCGUCGGGAUCUGUGCUGAAAAACUGCCUUGAUGAUUCCAAAUUUGUGCGCUGACAUCAUCGUGUCGUCGUCAUUUAUCCGCGCUUACUUUUGCGUGCAGGGCAGGGGUGUGGCGUAAAACGAGCCGUGGCCAUCGUAAAAUCUGCAUUCGUUUUCAUAAAAGGUCAUGCCACGUUCGCUAAGAUCGGAUUGGCUGUCUCUGUUUAAGAUCUGACAGGAAUACGGAUGUGUCAGUUACGUGACAAUAGUAUAGGUAUAUAGUGCUUCAUUGCCGUUGUAUUACUCGUUUAUUUAAUUUAUUUAAUGUUUACGUUUUUCACGAAUUUCAACUCUUAAAUUAACAGUUGAUUGAUUGAACAAUUGAAAAAUUGUAGUCGAGCAGUGAUUGUUAUUUUAUGAGUAUGGUUCAGGAGUAUGGAGUUCCAAAAUCUUAUGUUUUAUUAUAUAAAGAUAAAUGUUUAAACAAAAUACGUUAUAAAAGUUGAUAAAUAGAGCAAAGUAAAAAGAUGGCUAAUAAAAUGAGAUAAGAUAUAGAGAGAAAUAAAUGUCCACGGGAAACAAAAAUACGUUACCAGAAGAGAGAGAAAAUCGUCGUGUAAAGCAAAUUGAGCGCAGCCGAGUAGAAAGAAGAGGUAGCUGAGAGUGUUUGUCGACGACAAAACGUAAUUGUUCUCUUUCGUUAAAAUAUGCCAGGGGUUACAGAGAUGUCGUUGGAUCACAUGUUUUGUUCCCGGUGCCGAGAAGGUUUCGUCGCGCAUGAGAAAAUUGUUAAUUCAAACGGUGAAUUGUGGCAUCCGCAAUGUUUUGUGUGCGCACAAUGCUUCCGACCGUUUCCAGAUGGGAUCUUCUACGAAUUUGAGGGAUACAAGUACUGCGAGCAUGACUUUCAUGUUCUGUUUGCACCAUGCUGUGGCAAGUGUGGCGAGUUCGUUAUUGGCCGCGUGAUUAAGGCAAUGAAUUCGAACUGGCAUCCGCAAUGCUUCCGCUGCGAAGAGUGUAAUGGUGAAUUAGCGGAUGCAGGUUUCAUCAAGUGCCAAGGCAGAGCCUUAUGCCACACGUGCAAUGCCAAUGUGAAAGCUGGUGUACUUGGAAAACAUAUAUGUCAUCAAUGCCACGGAGUAAUAGAUGACAAACCUUUACGAUUCCGCGGUGAACUGUAUCACCCAUACCACUUCAAUUGCACAACUUGCGGUGUGGAACUAAAUUCCGAAGCCAGAGAAGUCCGAUCUCGACCUGGUUAUGCUGCCAAUGAAAUGAACGAGCUAUAUUGUUUGCGGUGCCACGAUAAAAUGGGUAUUCCGAUUUGUGGCGCCUGCCGGCGUCCCAUCGAAGAACGCGUGGUAACGGCGCUCGGCAAGCAUUGGCAUGUGGAGCAUUUCGUAUGUGCUAAAUGCGAGAAGCCUUUCCUCGGUCAUCGCCAUUACGAGAAAAAAGGUCUCGCUUAUUGCGAGAUUCAUUAUCAUCAAUUGUUUGGGAAUCUCUGCUUUGUCUGUAAUCAGGUUAUCUCUGGAGAUGUCUUUACGGCGUUGAACAAAGCAUGGUGCGUCCAUCACUUUGCGUGCGCAUUCUGUGACCAGAAGAUGAAUCAGAAGACAAAAUUCUUCGAGUUUGAUCUAAAACCCGCGUGCAAGAAAUGUUAUGAUAAGUUUCCGCAAGAAUUGAAAAAGCGGAUGCGACGUAUGUACGAUCUGAAUCCUAAGAGGGUCCCACCAGCGUAAACACAACACUGGGCUCUUUUGUGUGACUCUUUCAAGAUUAAUCAAUAUUCAGUUGCGCUUAUAGUGCCUUAUCUGACAUAAAAAAAAGUAUUUUUAAUUUGUUGCAUUAUAAGCUACUUGUAGGAUCUACCAAAGCUACUCUUUUGUCAAUUGCAAGUUGACAUAAUCGCUAUAACUAUUUUUUAAUAUAACUUUAUGAUCGAAAAGCCGAAAAGCUAGUGGAAAUGUCUUUUCGGUUCAAAAUAUCUUCCAAAAUUUGACAUCUAUGAACGAUACGGGGAUAUAGUGCAAUAGUUCUGUAUACAUUUUGUAUAUGUCAGACAUAACAUUAAUUUACAUUUUAUAUAUAAACAUAUAAUCUGUGGCGCAACAAGCUAUGAUUUUUAUUAAAAAUUGUAUAAUAUAUAGGAUAUAUAUCAGUUUUUAAAUUUGCUACAUUACUGCCAAUUUACUUUAUAAGUUCUGGUAUCUAAAAAAAAAUAACAAUUUUUAUUAUAUAAAUAUAUGUAAUAACAAAUAUCUAUGUACAUGAAAUCGCAUAUAUAUAUAUAUAUAUUUUUUAAUUGUAUAUGUUAAGUGUAAUAUACUUUUAAUUAAGAUUUGAGUUUUCUCAAGAAGUUGGUAACAAAAUACAAGAUGAACAAUAGGAUGUGUCUAACAGAAAAAAAAUACGCAAUAAAAACAGCAUUUAAUGGAA